AUGGCGAUUCCCCGUUGGCCCUGUCGCCUUCCCACGGCCGCCGCAGCCACCAAGUGGUCGGCCGGAACUCUCGCCGUAGACCUCGGCGGAAUUGGCGCGAGACCCUCAACGUCCGCCCUGGCUGCCGCCGCGACGGCCGCCGCCGCCGCCGGCCGCGCCUCGGAGUGCCAGUCCCUCCUCCUCCGCAUGUCGCGCCGCCGCGGCGCCUCCCGACGCGAUAUCGUCUCUUCCCUCCUCGCCUCGUCCCCCACCCCGCAGCCGCAGGUGUUCGACCUCCUCAUCCGCACCUACACCCAGUCCCGCAAGCCCCGGGAGGCCUUCGAGGCCUUCCGCCUCCUCCUCGGCCACCGCGUCCCCGUCCCGGCCUCCGCAUCCACUGCCCUCCUUGCCGCGCUGUCACGGGUCAGGUGGCCUCACCUAGCCGAGGAGGCCUACCGCCUCGUCCUCUCGUCCGACUCCGAGGUAAACGCCUACACGCUUAACAUCAUGGUCCACAGCUACUGUAAAAGCCUAGAGUUCGAUAGGGCUGACACUGUCAUCUCCGAGAUGGAGAAGAGAUGCGUUUUUCCGGAUGUGGUUACACAUAAUGUGUUGAUUGAUGCAAGGUUCCGUGCCGGAGAUGUGGAUGCAGCAAUUGCAUUGGUUGAUUCGAUGGCUAAUAAGGGUUUGAAGCCUGGGAUUGUGACGUACAAUUCGGUUUUGAAGGGGUUGUGUAAGCACAGGAGAUUUGAUAAGGCAAAAGAGGUGUUCAGGACAAUGGACCAGUGCAGUGUUGCACCAGAUGUUCGGAGUUUCAAUAUUUUGAUCGGAGGAUUUUGUAGGGUUGGGGAGGCUGAGGAGGCGGUGAAGUUUUACAAGGAGAUGCAACAGCGUGGUGUUACACCAGAUGUGGUGAGCUUUAGCUGCCUGAUUGGGUUAUUCUCAAGGAGGGGGAAGAUGGACCAUGCAGCGGCGUACUUGAGGGAAAUGAAGGGGUUUGGUUUGGUGCCUGAUGGUGUGAUUUACACAAUGGUCAUAGGUGGGUUUUGUAGGGCUGGAUCAAUGUCAGAGGCUCUACGAGUUAGGGAUGAGAUGGUUGGCCUUGGAUGUCUGCCAGAUGUGGUAACAUACAAUACCCUGUUGAACGGGCUCUGUAAGCAGCACAGGUUGCUUGACGCAGAGGAGCUUUUGAAUGAGAUGAAGGAGAGAGGGGUUACACCAGAUUUAUGCACUUUCACAACUUUGAUUCAUGGGUACUGUAGGGAAGGUAAUUUUGAGAAAGCAUUGCAAUUGUUUGACACACUGCUGCAACAGCGUUUGAGGCCAGAUGUUGUGACUUACAAUAGCUUGAUUGAUGGAAUGUGCAGAAAAGGUGAUCUGGCCAAAGCUAAUGAGCUAUGGGAUGAUAUGCAUGCUCGAGAAAUCUUUCCCAACCAUGUUACCUACAGCAUCCUAAUAGACAGCCACUGUGAGAAGGGACAAGUUCAAGAAGCAUUCAGUUUUCUGGAUGAAAUGGUCAAUAAGGGCAAUUUACCAAAUAUCAUGACCUAUAAUUCCAUCAUCAAGGGUUAUUGCCGAUCAGGUAAUGUAAAAAAGGGGCAGCAGUUUUUGCAAAAGAUGAGGCAAGAUAACGUAUCGCCAGAUCUGAUUACUUUCAACACCCUGAUCCAUGGUUAUAUAAAAGAAGAAAACAUGCACGGAGCUUUCAAUGUGUUUAAUAUAAUGGAGAAGGAAAUGGUACGACCAGAUGCUGUCACGUAUAAUAUGGUCAUAAAUGGGUUUUCUGAACAAGGCAAUAUGCAAGAAGCUGGUCAUGUUUUCAAGAAAAUGGGUGCCAGUGGAACUGAACCAGAUAGAUAUACAUACAUGUCUUUGAUAAAUGGUCAUUUUACAGCUGGCAACUCAAAGGAGGCUUUCCAGCUUCAUGAUGAGAUGAUGCAUAGAGGGUUCGCUCCCGAUGACAAAUUCGAGGGUUGUCGCCCUGCCCUGUUGGACAUAAGGAAGAGAAAUGCAUGUGUUGUGUGUUUGCCAAUGUCUUUGAAAAUCACACCUCCAAGACACCGUGAAUCCUGGCGUCGAAGGUGA